GUAUGCACAUACAGGAGUGGAGAGGACACUGCUGCAUGGGCACAUGGCUUGCCAGGACCCCUCGCUCUGUGCCUUCCAUGUCACAGGGUCUUCGCUCUCGCCCCUGGUGCACAGGGCAUGAGGGCAAUCCACUCUGCCCGACUUGCAUGUACUGGAUAACGGCCCUCCAAAGCUUGAAAGAUACAUAUAUCCUCACUUCCUCCUCCGACCUAUCAGCCGGCCUGGCCAUGCAGAAACUUUAAAGCGUCUCCUGGCUCUUAACCGCACCGCUGCUCCCCUCCCCGGGGCCAGUCUGACCCAUAUACCUCAUACGCGGGCCCGGCCCUGCGUCCACCCCAAUGGCUCACAUCGCCGAUUGCUUGCUGGACGCGGACCUGGACGAUCUCCCACUCAGCCUUAAUAACUAUAUAGCAAAGGCCGUCUCCCCACAGAAUUCCAAUGAGUCGCUAGGUAGAGCUUCCCCCCUGGGAGACAACAAGCCUUUUGCUUGGAGGAUGCAACACCCCGAAAGGAAGUAUCAGCUGUUCCCAAAGGAUAAGCCAGCGGCAGCCGCCCCGGGCAAGUCACUGGAUCCCGAGCAGGCUUUCGCCCUGGCUAUGGCUCAGAACGGCGACAAGGGCGAGAAGGGAGCUGCUGGGGCGGGCUUGAGGAUCCGGAUCAAGGAGCACAAUCUCAUCCGCAGGCGGAAGAUCAGCGUACCAGAGCUCGGUCCCAUGACGACAGUCCAGGAGGCUGCCAUGGACUCCCCUACAAUUCCGGGACGACCACCCAUUCAUGAAAGGUCCAUCAGCGCGCCAGGAAACUGGUCGAAGCCAUAUCAUGUUGCGGACAACACGGGUCUGGCCAAGACCCAGCUGGCAGAGGAGAGGCCUGAGUCCAGAUCAGCUUGCAGGAGUCACGAAGAGCUACAACGACCUCGGAACGAGACUCGGCAGCCAAUGUCCCCGAAGAACCUGGCGCCACUGGUCAUACCCACGUCCAGCGCAGCCGCCCCGCACUUGAUGCGACAGCCAUCCCUCAACCGCCUCCGCUCCGGUAGCACACCCGCCGACGUUCCGUCGCGCGCAGCCAGGGUUGAGGACUCCCCGCGCGUCAAGACGCCAUUCACCCCGAUGUCUGCCUCCUUGACAACGCCGAGAUCCGCCGCGACGACAGUCAUGACAGCCUCGACCUUGCCAACGCCCCUAUCAGCACCGCCCCUAUCAGCACCGGUCGAACACCGAGCAUCUCCGAGACCGUGGGAGAAGCCCCCCAGCUCGACUGCUGCCCCCACGCCCGAGGGGACCACACCAGAACCCGCCGUCACGCCAGCGGCGGAACCAAGCGACCAAGUACAUAGCAUCACAUCCGGCCAUAGGAGGCACCAGUCGGAAUCCGGGAGCAUCAUGGAGCGAGGGCGGCCGCGCAAGCGGUCGGAGACCGGUGCCGCUUCAACACUAAAGAGGACGGGCUCAAAGAGGAGCAAGAGCUCGGAGAGGCGGGCGUUCGAGCAACUGCCCAAGGGAUGGAAAGCGAGCGACGCGGUGAAUAUGCUCAGCCCGCCAGAAGUGGCGGCACUACAGAAGCAGGCCCUCCAGCAAGCGUCUCGGUUCGAGGUCCUCCGAAAAGAAGACGUGGAGAGCCUUUCUCGGGAGCUCCGUCAGCUCGACGAGCGUACCGAGUAUCUACGCCGCACCUACACGUCGCUCCGAGCUGGGAGACGGAACCUCCACACUCGCAUAUGCCAGUACCUCCGGUCUCCGCGCACGGCCAAGUUUAGCCACGAAUCGAUGCUCAAGCAGGAGGAAGCUCUUGCGGAGCUCGAUAGCUCGAUCGACGAGUGGGUCAGCAAGCUCGAAAAGGCCGAGAACCGCCGUACCCGGGUCCGCCAAAAGCUCCUCGAGCAUGUCGCCGCUGCCGUCACCUUGGCCGUCCCCAACGGAGGCGUCGUUGGGGUCAGCGAGAGCCUGCAGCUCGCUCUCGGCGUUCGUCCUCCACUCAACGCGACCAACCUUUCAACACCACCCCGGAGCCCGACCAAGUCAUCCUUCACCUCGACGACGCCGUCUUCCUCCCCUUCCCCGCACCGGGUGGGUGCCCAUGUGCCUUCCACGAUCCUCGAGCAGCCCCAGUCCGAGGAGGCCGCCGCCCUCGAGGCCAAGGAAGGGGAAAACGGGCCGUCCCUGCGCCGGGCGGAGACCAUUCGCGUGUACGCCGAUAACGACGUGUAUGCCCUGCUGGCUGACGUUGAAAACACGAUCACCAACAUGGGCACUGGCGAUGUCCCAUCCACGUCCAAGGAUGCUGCCGAGUCGCUGACGGACGCGGAGCGGCGAAAGCUGUGCCGCGCCCACAGCCACGAAGUCCUGAGCGGCUCUCCCGCGAGGAAGCCACUGCCCAUCUCCAAGCUGGAGGCGAAGCCGUCCUCGUCGUCGCUGUCUUCCGCCACGACUCCGCCGGCGGCUGAGCCUGCGGCGGAAGAGCUCUACCUGACCAGUGCUGUGUUCAAGCCGGAACGUUGAAACGGCUCAUUCAAUCACGAGAUAUCCCGUUGUAUUAUUUCACGGCCGUCUCUCCAAGAAGAGGCUUCUGCCACCUUCAUUUCAUCACGUCAUCACGAGGCGACGCUCACUCCGGUAUCUUCAUGAUGCUACGGCCGACCGCAUACUAUCAUUUCAAUUAUCAUUUUGACCUUGACCUUCAUUCGAAUACUUAUAUUUCCUUCAUGAUACCCU